AUGGGUGACGCCAACGGUGCCUCCACUGAGGUGGAGCGGUUUGCUAUCGGUAUCUCUUUUGGCAACUCUUCCAGUUCAAUUGCCCGUAUCUCACCUGAAGGCAAGGCUGAGGUUAUUGCUAACGAGGAGGGAGAUCGUCAAAUUCCCUCCGUCCUUUCAUACAUCGAUGGAGAGGAAUACCACGGCACCCAAGCCAAGGCCCAACUCAUCCGCAACUCCUCCAACACCAUCGCAUACUUCCGUGACUACUUGGGCAAGGACAUCAAGUCCAUCGACCCCACCCCAUGCCACCAAUCUGCCCACCCCCAGCAGAGCGGCUCAACUGUCGCUUUCUCCGUCCGUGACUCUGCCAGCGAGACCCCCAGCACUGUCACCGUUUCCGAGGUUACCACCCGUCACCUGCGCCGCUUGAAGCAGUCUGCCACCGACUUCCUGGGUAAGGAGGUCAACGCUGCUGUUAUCACCGUCCCCACCGACUUCACUGAUGCCCAGCGCGAGGCUCUUACCGCCGCCGCCAAGGAGGCUGGCCUUGAGGUUCUGCAGCUCAUCAGCGAGCCCGUUGCUGCUGUCAUGGCCUACGAUGCUCGCCCAGAAGCCACCGUGACCGACAAGCUGGUCGUUGUGGCCGACCUUGGUGGUACCCGGUCCGACGUGGCCGUUAUUGCCAGCCGUGGCGGUAUGUACACUGUCCUGGCCACCGCCCACGACUACGAGCUUGGCGGUGCCAGCCUGGACCAGAUCAUCAUUGACCACUUCGCCAAGGAGUUCAUUAAGAAGCACAAGACCGACCCUCGUGAGGAUGCCCGCGGUCUUGCCAAGUUGAAGCUUGAGGGUGAAGCUACUCGCAAGGCUCUCAGCCUGGGAACCAACGCUCAGCUCAGCAUCGAGUCUCUAGUUGACGGUAUUGACUACGGUUCCACCAUUAACCGUACUCGCUUCGAGCUCUUGUCCGGCAAGGUCUUCUCCCAGUUCACUGGUCUGAUUGAGCAGGUCGUCAAGAAGGCCGAGCUCGAUCUUCUUGAUAUCGACGAAGUCAUCUUCUCCGGUGGUGCUUCCCACACCCCCAAGAUCGCCCAGCUGGCCCGCAAUCUUUUCUCCGAAAAGACCACUAUCCUGGCUCCCUCCACCGAGGUCACUUCUAUCAACCCCUCUGAGCUCUCUGCUCGUGGUGCUGCUUUCCAGGCUUCUCUGGUGCAGGAGUUCGACGCCGAGGAUGUUGAGCAGUCUAUUCACCCUAUGGUCACUGUUACUCCCCACCUGAGCAAGCCCAUUGGUGUCGAGUUCUCCUCCGGCACCGACACCAAUUUCCAGCCUCUCCUGGGCGCCCAGACUGCUCUGCCUGCCCGCCGCAUCGCUCAGUACCUCGCCCCCAAGGAGGGUGGUGAUGUUCUUGUCCGUAUCGCUGAGGGUGUUCGCGAGAUCAAGGUCACGAAGCCUGAGCCCAAGGCUAAGGAGGAGAAGGAUGAGGAAGACUCAGACUUCGACGACUCCGAUGACGAGGAGGAAGAGACCCGUGAGGUCAUCUGGAAGGUUGAGAACCCUGUUGCUGAGCUUGCGGUUAAGGGCGUUAAGCCUGGUGGCAAGGUCGAAGUCAUGGUUCACGUCAACCCUGAUCUGGGUCUCCAGAUUGCUGUCCGUGAAGUCGGUGGUCAGACCGCCGUCCGUGGAGCUAUCAACGGCUCUGCUUAA